AGAGAGAAGUGCAUCAGAACACGUCUGUACUCUGUUCGUGCAAGACGCUUCUGAUACGUUUACAAGUGGUUUAAAUAGAGCUGAAAAAAGAAAAACCACCGAGAUGUUGUGCAAAGAUGCCUUGAAGAUGCUUUUGUUUGUCUUCAACACUCUGAUCUUUUUUGUAGGAGCUACAUUUAUGGCCAUCGGCGUUGAGGUCGAGAAUAACAAAAAGUAUGCAGUUGGACUGCUGGAUAAAAUGAAAGACCUUCCCCCAGAAUUAGGGAAUCUGACUUAUACUGGCUACAUUCUGGUGGCUGUCGGGGCCUUACUCAUCUUCAUUGGCAUCCUGGGCUGCUGUGGCACAUACUGCGGGAAUAAGUGCGUGCUCAUGAGUUUUUCCCUCAUCCUCCUCGUUGUUAUUGUGGCGGAGAUCACCGUAGUAGUACACAUUCUGUUUUACAAGCCUAAGGUGGUGAAAAUGCUGGAUACAAUUAGAGAAAAAGUUGCUAAGAACAUCAAGGAUAUCUAUGGUCGAAGUGACAUCGCCACCGAAGCCUGGGACGAGACGAUGUUUAUGUUUAAAUGCUGUGGGUACAACAACUACACCGACUUCACUGGCUCCGCAUUUGUAAGCCUAACCUCACAGUACCCCCAGUUCUGCUGUUUUACAGAAGCUGUACAGUGCGAUCAUGCAAGAGCAAAGUCAGAGCAUGUGCAUGGCUGUUUUGCUGCUGUGGUGAAUUUGGUGAAGCUUAAAUUUACUAUCAUAGUGGUCUUGGCUAGUUGUGCCACUGCUUUUCAGGUUGGUGCAAUGAUCGUAGUUUUUAUCUUGUGUAAGAAGUGAACCCAGAACCACUCACAGGAUCGUGUGAUCAUCUAAUAGGAUGCAAUAGUGACAUUGAUGCAGUUAUACAUAUCUUGUCCCACACCUUAUAAAUUAUAAUGUACAGUAUCUCACAGAAGUGAGUACACCCCUCACAUUUUUGUAAAUAUUUUAUUAUAUCUUUUCAUGUGAUCUUUUCAUGCCUUCACCCUCUUGGGCAUGGAGUUCACCAGAGCGUCACAGGUUGCCACCGAAGUCCUCUUCCACUCCGCCAUGAUGACAUCACAGAGCUGGUGGAUGUUAGAGACCUUGUGCUCCUCCAAACCUUCCGUUUGAGGAUGCCACACAGAUGCUUAAUAGGUUUUAGGUCUAGGGACAUGCUUGGCCAGUCCAUCACCUUUACACUCAGCUUCUUUAGCAUGACAGUGGUCAUCUUGGAGGUGUGUUCGUUAUCAUGUUGGAAUACUGGCAUGCGGCCCAGUCUUCGAAGGGAGAGGAAUUUGCUCUGCUUCAGAAUGUCACAGAGUGUAACCUGUUGGCAUUCAUGGUUCCCUCAAUGAACUGUAGCUCCCCAGUUCCUCAGAGAGUUCUUUGCCAUGAGGUGCCAUGUUGAACUUCCAGUGAGAUGCGAUAACACCACAUUUAACACACCUGCUCCCCAUUCACACCUGAGCCCUUGUAACACGAAUGAGUCACAUGACACCAGGGAGAGAAAAUGGCUAAUUGGACCCAAUUUGGACAUUUUCACUUAGGGGUGUAGUCACUUUCGUGACCAAUGGUUUAGACAUUAAUGGUUGUGUGCGGAGUUAUUUUGAAGGGAAAGCUAAUUUACACUGUUAUCCAAGCUUUACACUCACUACUUUACAUUGUAGCACAAUGUCAUUUCUUAAGUGUUGUCACAUGAAAAGAUAUAAUAAAAUAUUUACAAAAAUGUGAGGGGUGUACUCACUUUUGUCAGAUACUGUAAAUCAAAAAGAGCUUUUUUUUCUUUCAAUUCUGUUUUCAUUAAUAAGUUAAUAAAAAAACAAACAAACAAAAAAAUCAAAUGGAUGCAUACACAUGAAAUGCAUACACAUUUCAAUUGGCCAGUGAAUAAUGGCUUUGUAUUUUAUCUACAUGUAGUUUAGCCAUGCAAACCUGUAAGUAAACUUCUAAUGAUGACUGGGUUACAUAAAAAAAAACAUGGCCACUAUCAACCAAUCAACUUUCAGCAGGGAUUUCAUACUAUUAACAUUAUGCACCCACUUGAGUGAUUUGUAUUCUGUUUUAUUAGUAUGUGUUAUUUCAAUAGAUAAGCACAAAUAAAAUUGUUUAUGAAACUUUA